AUGGCUGCUUCUGGGGGUCCCGUUCAGGAUCUCUGUGAGGAAGCCACUUGCCCCAUCUGCCUGGAGUGUUUCAGGGAUCCGGUGAUCAUCCCGGAGUGCGGGCACAACUUCUGCCGAUCCUGCCUGAUCCAGUGCUGGGGGGAAUCCGAGGGAGAGGCUUCCUGCCCUCAGUGCAGGGAAAUCAUUCAGCACAGGAACCUCAUCCCCAAUCGGCCGCUGGCAAAUGUUUUGGAAAAACUCCGUCUUCAAGGUGAAAAGGAGCCCGAAGGAAAGGGGAAGAUCUGUGAGAAGCACCAGGAGCCCCUGAAGCUCUUCUGCCAGGAGGACGAAAGCCCCAUCUGUGUGGUGUGUGACAGAUCCAAGGAGCACAAAGGCCACGAGGUGGUUCCUCUGGAGGAGGCGUCCCAGGAGUACAAGGUAAGAAAUCUCUCUGAAUUUCCUUUGGGUUUGAUGAGGGUGAAUUAGCAACAGAGAAGGGGGUCUUGCAAGAAAACGCUUUAAUUUAUUCUCUGGCAGUGAAAGAGUCACUCUCCAGCAAGAGCUUUUGUGCAGCCUUAUGAAAGUAAACUUCUAGCCCCAAAACGAGCGAGGUCCCAACUAAGAAGAAUGGCAACUUAAGCUGGCAGAAUAUGCACAGCUUGCAGACCUAACAUAAAGAACAAGAGAACAUACAUUUAAAGAAUAUUGGAAAACGUUUAUUGAAUAUGUGCGAAAUAACUGUGUACACUUGAAAAUGUUGGCAGCAUUAUGAUAAAUUCAACUGUAAAUAAGUUUUGAUGGAUUCAGUAAUGGAAUGUUAAAUGCUUUAGUUUUUGUAAAAUAUGCAGGGAUUUAUGAUAUGCAGAAUGAACCAUGGAAAGAGAAGAAGGGAAGUCAUUGAUAUCUUAAGGAUGUUAAAAUGAGUAUUUUAAAUUGUAAAAAAGAAAUUUUAAUAAAAUUUAUAUAAAAUAAAUGGAAUAAAUAAAUUUUUGAAACUCUGUUCAAUCAACAUUUUUUUCCCCCUUUCCGGGGAUUACAGUGCCCCCAAUGUCCCCCUGCAUGCAGAAGUAACACACCCCCAGUUCUUCCUCUGGGCUGGAGGGUGGGGCAGUGCAAGUGGCAGGGACCCUGAGAGCCAUCUAGUCCAAACCCCUGCAAUGCAGGAAUUCUGCCCACAGCCGUCCCUGGUUGGGCUCAAACCACCAGCCUUCUGACUGACCCAUUGCGCCACAGGCUCCCGGAAUGAAGAAGGCACUUGGGGAACCGAGGCAAAUACCACAGACUUGGGGGCAGGGAGCAAGCAUAUGAUUCAACAUUCCUGUUAUUAUGAAUACUAAAAGUCCCAACAAAAGAAGAAAGCAACCCAACUUUGAUUUUGUUUUCUUUUUCAGGCUCAGAUCAGCAGCUGCCUAGACAAUGUGAGGAAGGAGAGAGAGAAAAUUCUAGAAUUUAAAGCAAAUGCAGAAAAGGAAAGUCAAGACCUGCUUGUAAGCAUCAUUGUUACUUUAAGGUGAAAAAGUCCUGUAGUCUUAAAUCAGAAUCUGGGAAAAUGAAUAUGAAAUACAGGAAGAAGUUUCUUUUUGAACAAUCUGAUCUCCCACAGAGCAUGAAAGACCAUUUAAAUGAAGGAGUGGGGUUGUACGUUUUUACGAAGUUCUUUCCCUGCUGAAUAUGUCAGGCGUUCCCUUCCAAGGGAAUUGGGAUAACUGGCCUCCUCAUCCUGCAAGAGCAGACUAGAUGCCUGAUCUUGGCCCACUCUUCUCUUCUUUCAACCUCUUUGCUGCAGAAAAGAACACGUGCAGAGAAGGAAAAGAUGGUGGCUGAGUUCAGGCAACUGCACCAGUUUCUGGAAGAAGAGGAGAAACGUAUUCUGGCCCAGAUGGCAGAAGUGGAGAAGGAGAUUGCAGCCCAAAGGGAGGAGCACCUGGCCAGACUCUCCGGGGAACUCUACUCUCUUGAAAGCCUCAUCCGGGAGAUGGAGGAGAAGCUUCAGGAACCAGCGAGUGAACUCCUGCAGGUCAGGCCUCAUCCUGAUGCGAGAGGGUGGAGUGUGCUGCUUCAAAAUUUCGGCAGGAGGAUAACAUGUCUUAGACCACCCCACAUAAAAAUGCUGCUGGAAUGAAAACAUUAUGUGAAGGGUGAAAGGCAUCAGUCCUGGGGACGCAGAAGGGAGUCUGCUAGAUCAAACCACAGGCCCCUUCAUUCUAGCAUCAUGUUCUCUCAUUGGCCAACCAGAGGUCUCUGAGAAGCCUAAACAGUAGUGCUCUCCAAACCUGUGAUCCCCAGCAGUUGCCACUCAGCUGCUUAGUAUUUAUAACUGACUGCAGAAAUGGCUCCACUGACAUGUUUCUUUCUUUCCUUCCAGGAUAUCAGAAGCUUCUUGCAGAGGUAAGUGAUGGAAAACCCCUGCCUUAUUCUGAUGCUAGGAAAGUUCUUGAGAGGAACUCACUCUCCAGUUCCUCCUUCCAGAGAUAGCUUAGGACACCAUCAUCCAUUUCACAAGAUUAUGGACAAAAAUAGGGACACGUUUUCAUAGUCAUUUGUAGCUAUUGGUCUCAUCUGCAAUCAUAGGAAGGAAGCCAUUCCUCAUUCUCCUCCGUUACAUAUUUCUGCCUUUUCCCUGAUAGAUUCAUUUACUCUGGAAUGGAUAACAGAAAGGGAGGGACAUCCCAAAGGGGCUUGUAAAUAUCUUUACUAUAACUUACUCUUAAAUAUUUGACAUAUUUCAGGCUUCUACAGGUUCUUCCUAUAGGAUCUUUAUGAAAGCCUAUGAGAUGGCAGUGAAGGCUGCUAAGAAGUCUUACUUCUCAGCCUCCAUUGCAUCCGUUAUCUCUCGCCCGGCACAACAUUUUAGUAUUAUUAGGUCUCUAAUGUCCCUAGAGGGACAGCAAAAUUUAAAUAUGAAUUUGAGACAUAGCUGUGAGGCAUUUGCGAGCUCUUUCGCAGAGAAAGUCUUGUUGCUCCGCCGUGACCUCCCUGCCAAUUUGGAUACAAUAAUGGAACUGGAGGCCCCUCGACUGUCUUCGGGUCCAGUAUCGGUCCACUUCGAUUGGAUACCCCCAGCCAAUGUGGACAGACUCCUCCGAGCUGGAAAGCCCACCACUUGCCCUCUUGACCCGUCCCCAUCCUGGCUGAUUAGAGUGUGUCCAGAUGAGGUGUGGGUCCCCCUGGGUGACAUGAUCAAUUUGUCCCUUGGCACAGGGACAUUCCCAUGGGAGUUGAAGGAGGCAGUGGUGCGGCUGCUCUUAAAGAAAACACCAUUGAUCCUUUGUUGUUGUUGUUGUUGAUUAGUCGUUUAGUCGUGUCCGACUCUUCGUGACCCCAUGGACCAGAGCACGCCAGGCACUCCUGUCUUCCACUACCUCCCGCAGUUUGGUCAGACUCAUGUUUGUAGCUUUGAGAACACUGUCCAACCAUCUUGUCCUCUGUCGUCCCCUUCUCCUUGUGCCCUCUAUCUUUCCCAACAUCAGGGUCUUUUCCAGGGAGUCUUCUCUUCUCAUGAGGUGGCCAAAGUAUUGGAGCCUCAGCUUCAGGAUCUGUCCUUCCAGUGAGCACUCAGGGCUCAUUUCCUUAAGAAUGGAUACGUUUGAUCUUCUUGCAGUCCAUGGGACUCUCAAGAGUCUCCUCCAGCACCAUAAUUCAAAAGCAUCAAUUCUUCGGCGAUCAGCCUUCUUGAUGGUCCAGCUCUCACUUCCAUACAUCACUACUGGGAAAACCAUGGCUUUAACUAUACGGACCUUUGUUGGCAAGGUGAUGUCUCUGCUUUUUAAGAUGCUGUCUAGGUUUGCUAUCGCCUUUUUCCCAAGGAGCAGGCGUCUUUUAAUUUCGUGACUGCUGUCACCAUCUGCAGUGAUCAUGGAGCCCAAGAAAGUAAAAUCUCUCACUGCCUCCAUUUCUUCCCCUUCUAUUUGCCAGGAGGUGAUGGGACCAGUGGCCAUGAUCUUUGUUUUUUUGAUGUUGAGCUUCAGACCAUGUUUUGCGCUCUCCUCUUUCACCCUCAUUAAAAUUUCCUGUAUCUUUCACUAUCUCCCUCGCAUUUUGCUUGCCUUCUCUCCCCCGCUAUUUGUAAGGCCUUGUUGGACAGCCACUUUGCUUUCUUGAAUUUCCUUUUCAUUGGGAUGGUUUUCGUUGCUGCCUCCUGUAUAAUGUUACGAGCCUCCAUCCAUAGUUCUUCAGGCACUCUAAUCAAUCUGAUUUCGAUGCUGCCCAUCUGGUGAUGUCCAUGUGUAGAGUCGUCUCUUGUGUUGUUGGAAAAGAGUGUUUGUGAUGACCAGCUUGUUCUCUUGGCAGAACUCUAUUAGCCUUUGCCCUGCUUCGCUUUUGAUCUCCAAGGCCAAACUUGCCAGUUGUUCCUUUUAUCUCUUGAUUCCCUACUUUAGCAUUCCAAUCCCUAUAAUGAGAAGAACAUCCUUCUUUGGUGUCACUUCUAUAAGGUCUUGUAAGUCUUCAUAAAAUUGGUCAAUUUCAGUUUCUUCAGCACCAGUGGUUGGUGCAUAAACUUGGAUUACUGUGAUGUUAAAAGGUCUGCCUUGGAUUCGUAUUGAGAUCAUUCUAUCAUUUUUGAGGUUGCAUCCCAGUACAGCUUUCACCACUCUUUUGUUGACUAUGAGGGCCACUCCAUUUCUUUUACGGGUUUCUUGUCCACAGUAAUAGAUAUGAUGGUCAUCCGAACUGAAUUCACCCAUUCCUGUCCAUUUUAGUUCACUGAUGCCCAGGAUGUCAAUAUUUAUUCUUGCCAUCUCAUUUUUGACCACAUCCAACUUACCAAGGUUCAUGGUUCUUACAUUCCAGGUUCCUAUGCAAUAUUUUUCUUUACAGCAUUGGACUUUCCUUUCGCAUCCAGGCAUAUCCGCAACUGAGCGUCCUUUCGGCUUUGGCCCAGCCGCUUCAUCAGCUCUGAAUCUACUUGUACUUGUCCUUCACUCUUCCUCAGUAGCAUGUUGGACGCCUUCUGACCUGAGGGGCUCAUCUUCCAGCGUCAUAACUUUUAUAUGCCUGUUGUCUUUGUCCAUGGAGUUUUCUUGGCAGAGAUACUGGAGUGGCUUGCUGGUUCCUGCUCCAGGUGGAUCACGUUUGGUCAAAACUCUCCACUAUGACCUGUCCAUCUUGGGUGGCCCUGCACGGCAUAGCUCAUAGCUUCUCUGAGUUUUUCAAGCCCCUUCGCCACGGCAAGGCAGUGAUCCAUGAAGGGGAUUGAUCCUUUAGAUCUAUCCAAUUACCGCCCAGCUUUGAACCUUUCGUACUGAACAGCUUAGUGGAUUUCGGGAUGAAACAUCGGUCUUGGAUCCAUUCCAGUCUGGCUUUUGCUCUGGACAUGGGACCGAGAUGGCUCUGGUUGCCCUAACAGAUGAUCUCCAUAGGCAGCUGGAUCGAGGCGGGUCAGGGCUGCUGAUCCUUUUAGACCUGUCAGCAACCUUCGAUAUGGUCAAUCACGAACUUUUGGACCACCGCCUUGCCGACGUGGGGAUUCAGGGCACAGUCUUACAGUGGCUGCGCUCUUUGCUUUCUGGUCAGGGACAGAGGGUGGUGUUAGGGGAGGAGCUGUCAUCACACCACUCCUUAGUGUGUGGAGUGCCGCAGGGCACAAUUCUCUCCCCGAUACUUUUAAACAUCCUUUAUGUGCCCCCUUGCCCAGCUUGUCUGGCAUUUUAGUUUGGUUUGCCAUAGGGCCUUCUUUAGUAGAUUUGGCGCCGGGGUGCAAAUAUCUGCCCAGAGCCCCCAAAUUAUCACGAAUAGUGGGGGGGGGGGAGAGGGAAAGCUGUGCACUGCCAGCCAUCGGGGGGAGGGGAAUGCAGUCAGUUGAAGCUAAAUCCUUUGAAGACAGAGGACCUUUGGCUGGGUCGGGAUGAUAUGGGGUUGGGGGGCCAACUCCCAUCUCUUGCGGGGGCGCAAUUAGUGCCAACGCCUUCUGUCAAGGGUUUGGGUGUAAUCCUCGACGCCUCCCUUUCUCUAGAGGUGCAGGUUGCAGCUACAACAAAGGCGGCAUUCUUCCAUCUCCGCCAUGCUAAGCAGUUGUUCCCUUACUUCUCUCGCCCUGAUCUCGCCACUGUGAUCCAUGCAACGGUCACCUCCAGACUGGAUUAUUGUAACUCACUCUUUGUGGGGCUGCCCUUGAAGCUGACCCAGAAACUCCAGCAGGUGCAGAAUGCCACGGCGAGACCCCUUACGGGGUCCUCGCUGCGGGAUCACAUUCACCCGGCGCUAUACCAGCUGCACUGGCUCCCAGUGGAGUACAGGAUCAGGUUGAAGGUGCUGGUUUUAACCUUUAAAGCUCUAUGCGGCCUAGGACCCUCGUACCUACGGGACCGCCUCUCCCGGUAUGCCCCACGGAGGACCUUACGGUCCGCAAAUAAAAACAUCUUGGAGAUCCCAUGCCAUAGGGAGAUUAGGCUGGCCUUGGCCCCGGCCUGGUAGAACGCUCUGCCACAAAAGAUCAGGGCCCUGCGGGAUUUGACAUCUUUCUGCAGGGCCUGCAAGAUGGAAUUGUUCCGCCAGGCAUUUGGUCAGAACUCAGCCUGAUUCCCCUUCUUUUUUUGUAUAAGAACUAGUAUGAAAGAGGUCUCCCAGAAUUUUCACAGGCCCGUAUAAGAACAGUGGAAACAGUUGGGCCUGAUGAGCAUUUACUGUUCCCAACCCUAAUUCUGCGGAAAGCCAACUAAUUAGAUUUUAAUUUGAUCCUGAUUUGUUUUUAGGCGGUAGUUUAAUUAUUGUUUGAUUUUAUAUUUGAUGUUAGCCGCCCUGAGCCCAGUUUCGGCUAGGGAGGGCAGGAUACAAAUAAAAGUUGUUUAUUGUUGUUGUUGUUGUUGUUGUUGUUGUUGUUAUUCCUCGGCCAUAAGAAUGUAAAAAAGGGCCCUGCUGGAUCCGACCAAUGGCCCAUCUAGUCCAGCAUCCUGUUUCCACCGUGACUAACCAGAUGCCAGUGCGAAACCCGCGAGCAGGAUCUGAGCCCCAGAGGACACUUCCCUCCUUUGGUUUCAGCAACUGGAGUUCAGAGGCACCGCAGCCUUUGACCCAGCUAUUGUCAAUAGUAGCCACUGAGAACCUUGUCCCCCAAACAACUUUUUUAAAUCUUGGGAAAAUACAGGUUUAAUUUCUACUAUUUCUCCCUACUCUAUAUGUAAUCACUGGGCUAAAUAUAUUAAUAAUUUUAAUCAUUUGAAAUGCUUCACUAAAACUGAUGUAGUUCUGAAUCUCUUUCUAAGGACCUUGUAUUGUUAAUUUUUCUUCUAAAUAUUAAUUUGCACAUAUCAGCUUCUUUACCUUCAAUCUAAUCUUCAUAUAUUUCCUAUUCCCCCCAAUAAUAUUUAUCAAAUUUCAUACAAAGACAUAACUUUAACAUAACAGAAAAAGAGAAGACAAUAAUAAAAGAAAAAGCAAAUAAGAAAAUAAAAGAAAUAAAGUAUUUCAAACCUCACAUAUACCACCACCUACAAUAAGACUUAGUUAGUUAAUUAAAGUCCAACUUCAUAAACAUGUUACUUGACUUCCUCUAAUCUCUUCCAACUGAAUUUCCUUGUAAUUGAAUGUAGCAGUUUCCAAUACCAUUAUUCCAUAUAACAAUAUUCUGGUCGUAAUCAAAUUUCCUAACUUUUCUUAUCGUACUGUUUCUUAUUUAUUUAUUUAAUCCUAAUUUAAUCCUAGGCCUAAUUAGUUCUUUCAAAUAGUUACAAAUAUUUAAUAUUACAAUAUUUAUUCAAAUAGUCUUUAAAUUUCUUCCAAUCUUCUUGAUAUUCCUCUUCUUCUUUUUUUUUUUUUUUUAGUAAGCCUGAUCUUUAUUUUUUUAUAUAUAUAUAUAUUUUAUUAAGGAUUUUCUUGUUUUACAGAAGUGUAAUGCCUCGUAUUUUUUUUUUCCCAUGUAACAUUUUUACAAAUCCGUUUCAUUUGUUGAGGCAUUAGGGGGAGAAGAAAAAAAGGAAAAAAGAAAGGGGGGUGGAGAGAGGGAAGAUGGAUGGGGGUGGGGUCGGGUGGCGGUGUUUCUAUUAUGUUUAAUGUAUGUAGAGUUUGGUGUCAGCGUUGCUUGUGUUGUUCACUUGUGUUCCUUUGGUGGUGAGAGAGGUUGGGGUUGGCCUAGGGUGUGAUUGUUUGCUUGUGAUUGGCUGUGGUGAUCUUUGUUUUCGUGUGUGAGUGAGGUGGGUGGGUGUUUUGGAUCAGGUUAGCCAUAUUGAUUUGUAUGCUGUUGGUGGAUUAUUGUCAUUGUCCUGUUGGGCUGUGUAUGUGAUAAAGGGGAGCCAUACCGGGGUGAAGGCGUCUUCUUCUGUUUGUCCCCGUGUCAGUUUCAGUUUAUUAGUUAAUUUUUCUAGUAGGGCUGUUUCCCAUACUAUUUGGUACCAUUGGUCCAUGCUUACUCCUGACAGGUCUCUCCAGUGUCUGGUUAUGGUGUUUCUGGCUGCUGAGAGCAGGUGGGUUAUGAGUUCUUUGUGGUGUAAAUGGGCAUUGUUGUCUUGGAAGAUGUUUAGUAGGGCCAAUUCUGGGGUGAUGUCUAUUACUUGCUUAGUUAUUUUACAUAUUUCUUGUAUGGCUGUUGUCCAGAAUAGUUGGAUUUUGGGACACUCCCACCACAUGUGGAGGUAUGUGCCUGUGGAGGUGCACCCUCUCCAGCAUUUUGGUGAGGUUCCUGGGUGUAUUAGCGCUAGUUUCCUUGGUGUUAGGUACCACCUGUAGGUGAGUUUCAGUGUGAGUUCUUUUCUUUUCGUUGAUAUGGAUUUAAAGGGGGGUUAGACCACAUUCUGGUCCAUUGAGUGGGGUUAAUCUCAUAGCCUAUGUCAUUCUCCCAUUGUUUUUUGAUUGCGUCUAGGGGAUUUACAGGAUUUUGGAGUAGUAUUUUGUAUAUUGCGGAUACCGUCCCUUUACCGUUUCCCUUUGUUGUUAGGAGGAGGUUUUCGAAGGUUGUCAGGGGCCUAGUUGCUGCUGAUUUUACUGUUGGGUUGUUUAAGAGGGCAUGAAGUUGGUGUUGUGUUAACCAGGGCAUUUGGGUGUCUUCUAGUUUGUCUUGUAUUUCUUGUGUUGACAAGGGUUUGUUAUUUUUAUAAAGUCUAUUAGGAGAUAUAAGCCUUUGGUUCGCAAGUUUUUUAUAUUGAGGUUUUGUGCUGCACGGUGUAAUAAUGGGUGGUACGCCAGGGGUAUUAGUGGGGAUGGGGUUGGGGAUAGUUUGCCUAUUUGUGUUUUCCAUGCUUUGAGCAUGGUCUGUGUGUACCUGUUAAGUGUUGUGGGAAUUUUCUUUAGUUUGUUUGGGAGGAGUGGGUAUGUUGUGGUGCAGGUGUUUUCAAUUGUGUCCCUCUCUAGGUGUACCCAUUGUUUUGUCUCAUCUUCUAGUAUAUAUGGGAUUAUGUGGCGUAUUUGGUUGGCAUUGUAAUAUGCUUCUAUGUUGGGAUUCCCAUCCUCCUUCUGGAGGUGGGGGGUGCAGGUAUUUGGGGCUUAUUCUUGGUUUUUUAUGUGAGAAGAUGAAAGAGUGUAGUUUUCUCUGCCAACUGCGAAGUUGGGUUGAGGGGAUCCAGAUUGGGAGGGUUUGGAAUAGGUAGGUUAGUUUUGGGAGUGUGAUCAUUUUGAUCAUGGCUAUUUUGUCUGAGAGAGUGAAGUUCAUGUUAUUCCAUCUCUUUAGGUCUUUGUUAAUUUGUCGCCACAGGGGCUUGUAGUUGUGGAGGUACAAUUUAUUGAGGUUUCUGGUUAUUUGUACCCCUAGGUAUCUGAACUUGGUGUGGCAAAGUUUUAUUUUGGUGACCUUCGUGAGUUCUUUUUGGGUGUGAGGAGGGGUGUUGAAGCACAUAGCUUCUGACUUUGUGAAAUUUACCUGUAGGCCCGACACCAUUGCAAAUGUGUUGAGUUCUCUGAUUAGGGAGGUUGCUGUGCUUAUGGGGUCUGGUGUUGUGACCAUUAGGUCAUCUGCAAAGAGCCCUAAUUUAUAGGUUCUGCCUUUUAUUUCCACUCCCUUGAUGUCUGUGGCUGCUCGGAUGCGGAUUGCUAGGGGUUCCAGAGCCAGGAUAAAUAAGAAGGGAGACAGUGGGCAUCCUUGUUUCGUGCCUCUUUGGAUAGCUAUAGUGUUAGAAUCCAUAUUGUUAGUUCUGCAUUUUGCUGAGGCUUGGGAGUAUAUUUGUUUGAGGAUUUGUAGGAAGUUGGGGCCAAAUUUCAUGUUAGUUAGUACUGCUAAUAUGUAUUUCCACUCCAAGCAAUCAAAGGCUUUGAGGAUGUCUAGGGACAUAAUUGUCAAUGGGAGUUUGGUUGCCUUGCUGUGUUCGAUCAGGUUCAGUAGUUUCCUGAUGGGGUCUGUUAUAUUGCGGCCAGGGACAAAGCCAGUCUGGUCUGGGGCUAUUAACUUGUGUAGGAAGAUUUUUAGGCGGUUGGCCAAGAUUGAUGUGAAUAUCUUGUAGUCUUGGUUUAUUAAUGAGAUUGGGCGGUAUGAUUCUACUUUGAGGCUGUCUUUUAGUGGUUUUGGGAUGGAGACUAUUUUGGAGUGGGUCCAGGUUUUGGGGAUGGGGCCCCCCUUUUAUGAUGUCGUUGAAUAGGCGGGUCAUGUAGGGCAUCAAGGGUUCUUUGAAUUUCUUAUAGAAUUCUGCUGUGAAGCCGUCUGGGCCUGGGGCUUUGUGUGGUUUCAGGUUUUGAGGACCGCAUCUAUUUCCUCUGGGGUGAUAGGGCUGUCCAUGAAUUCCUGUUCCUCAUUAGUUAGGGUAGGCAUGGUCAGUCCUGCUAGAAAUGUUCUGAUUUCCUUCUCUGGUGGGUUAUGGGAGGUGUAUAGGUUGGAGUAGAAUUCUGCAAAUUCUGAGGUUAUUUCUUUGGGGGAGAAUGUUAUGUUGCCGUCUUUUUGGUGAUGCAGUGUAUUCUUGUUUUGAGUGCUUUUUUCCUACAUCUAUUUGCUAGUAAUCUGGAGUUUUUCCCUCCAUAUUCGUAGAAACGUUGUUUAGAGUAUAGAAUGUUGAUCAUUGUUUUGUUAAUUUCUAGGGAGUCUAGUUCUCUCCUUUUUGUUCCAUAAGUUUGAGGAGUUUUUAGAUCCUGUUUGUUUGUAGCGUGAUGAGAGGGCUGUGAUGUCUUGUUCUAUUUUGCUAAUUUUUGAGGAGGUUUGUUUUUUAAGGAAUGUUUUCUCUUUAUGCAAGCUCCUCUGGUGACCGCUUUCAUUGCGUCCCAUAGGAGGGGGGUUGUUAUAUUGUUUACAUCGUUUUCUUUGAAGUAGUUUUGGAGGGUUUUUGUGAGACUCUCUCUAAUUUGUUUGUUUGUAGUUAGGAUGGGACUGAAGGACCAUGAUGGGGUGGUUUGUGUUCCUUCUCCUAUUUUAACAAUGACUUCUACUGGGGCGUGGUCUGUGAUUUUAAUGUUACCUAUGUUUGUUGAUUCUACUGAGGGGAUCAGACCCUGUGUGAGUAGAAUGCUGUCCAGUCUGGACACUGUAUCAUGGCGUCCCGAUUGGAAUGUAUGGCUGAUGUCUCCCGGGUUUUGCUCACCCCAAAUGUCAUAGAGACCCCUGUUUUUUAGCAUUUUUAGUAACUUGUAAGAGUUCCUGGUUGUUGGGGGUUUCCUUCGGAGGAAGGUUGCCCAUGGGGUUGUGGGGUGGAUAUCUUUCAGGGAUAUACCUUUCAUAUUUAGAUUGAGGUCCCCUCCUAGGAUUGCUCCCCUUCAGAGAAGGAGAGGAAUUUGUUUAGUGUCUUCUGGAAGAAUUCUAAUUGUUUCGUGUUUGGGGCAUAUAUGGAGCCGAUUGUCAGUUUGAUUUUGCCAUCUAGUGUCCCUUUAGCGAAAAUGAAUCUGCCUUUUUUUGUCCUUGAGGACUGUUGUGGCAGUGAAGUUCAGGUCUCUACUGAGUAUUAUGGCUACACCACGAGCUUUCCCUGAGCCUUGUGCGACCCACUGUUGACUGAAGCGGGGUCGCUCAGGAGUUUUCUGCCUUUGGGUGGGUUUUGUAUUUCUAGUAGGAAGGUGAUGUGUGGUUUCAUGGUGUUUAUGUAUGAGGUGAUGCGUUUUCUUUUGAUGGGGUUAACAGCCCCCCUCACGUUUAAUGUAAUUGCUUUUAGGUUAGCCAUCUUGCUUAUCUAUUAUGUGGGCUAUUCUCUGCCAACCCAUUCGGGUUGUCUUGUGUCUCUCUUCGUGUUGUUUAAAGAACCAGUGGGGUUGCGCUGACCUAGGGUGUGGUGGGUGGGGGCUAAUGGGAUUAGAGUAAGAUUUGGGUUAAAGAGUAGGGGGUAAGUUGUAGAGAGUUUCCUAUAUGUAGUCAUAUAGGUGUUUGUUUGGGGUAUUUUAGGCCAUCUGGCAUUUAGCCAGUUGGUCCUAGGUCUCAGCUGGUGUGGAAGGCCAUGUUCAAGGACAGGCCAUCCCCCCUGUUGUUUGCGAUAGGGGGUGAUCAGUGAGACAGUGUGAAGUGACUUUGUAACGUCGCUGUCAGGUAUGAGGUUCAUAAGCAAUGUUGCCAAUGUUAUGAGCAACAUUGUUGGUGUGUUGGGGUGGGGAUGUGGGUGCUGGUACGCUCUGGUGCCACCAUAGUGCUGGUUGGGUAUCAGAUUUUAGCCUGAUUGUGGGUUGUGUUAUUAAGGUUGGAGGAGUUGUUUGUUCGUAGUAUGGAGUAGGGGGGUGUUGAAGGUGUGGGUGAUGGGGAAUGUGGUUGAGGUCGUCUGGACUGGUGUGGGGUUGGGGAUUCCUGUGGGGGUGCGGGGCUGGGGGAUGUUGAUGGUGUUAACUAAAUCUAUGUUUUGGGGGAGAGAGGGGAAGGGGGGGGGAAUCACCAGUCCUUCAGUUUGUGGUUUUUUCCUGGUUGCUUCAUUCAGCUGGGGUUGUUGUUGUUGUAGGGUUGUCCAUCUGCGAUGAAUUGGUUUGGUUAAUCUUGGUCUGGUUUCUUGUGUCGUAUGGCCGGCGGGACGGUUCUGAGCAUGAUGCUUGCCUGUAUUGGUUUGCGUUGUUGUGCCGCUUCUGUAGUUUCUUUUCUUCUGUACCGUUGUCCAGUUGUUUGCUGUUGUUUCCUCGUGGUUGGGGCUGUCACUUGGUGGGUUUGUCGGUUGCCAUUCCGGUGGGAGGUCGAGUUCAAGGUUCUUUAGUAUUUGCAGGGCCUCAGGUAUGUUGGUAGCCAUGUGUUGUGUUGUAUUGGUUGUUACAAUGAGGCGGAAGGGGAAGCCCCAUCGGUAUUUGAUCCCUGCUUGUUGGAGACGCUGGGUGCAUGGGCGCAGGCUUUUCCUCCGGUUUAGGGUAUCCUGAGAUAGGUCCUGUAAGGCCAGAAUGGGGGUUUCUCCAUAUCGAAGGUUGAUUGAGUUUUUGAGGUGGUACCAUACCUCUUCCUUCUUUUUGUAGCGUGUGAAGCAUACAAUGAUGUCUCUUGGGGGGGCGCUGGGUUUUGGCAUAGGUUUUAGGGCUCUGUGAGCCCUCUCCAAGUCAUCUGCCUCAAGUUUCAGGCUUGGGAUUGUGUUUUUCAGCCAGCGUAUAAUUAGGUCUGCUGGGCUUUUCUCCUCUGUUUUUUCAGGAAAGUUGCGGAAGCGGAUGUUACAACGUCUAUUGCGGUCUUCAAGGUCGGCUUGCUUAAUUUUCAUCUCUCUGUGUUCUGCUUCCAUUUGGUUUACCAGUUCGUCCAGUUUCUUGUUCACACGUGUGUUCUCCUCCCGGUAUUGCUCUAUUAUUCUUUCUUGCAUUUGGUUCUUGUUCUCUAGAGCUUCCACUUUGGAGGUUAGAUUGUUGAUUAGUACCUGCAUGGGAGCCAUUGUGGCCUUCAGUGUUUCUUCUAAUCGUGCUUCUAAUCUUGCUUCCAUUUCCCUCAGAUCUCGAUUCGUUAUUGGGUGGUCAUCAUCUUGAAGGGGAGUUACCAUCUUAGCAUUGUUUGCCAUCUCCCUGGUUGGUGUCAUCUCGGUCUCCCUGAUGGUUUUGGUUUGAGGUUGGCUUGGCGUCCUCUUGGGGUAGGGCGUGUGGUGGUUAGGAGUUGUGGCAGUGGUGAUUCCUGGGUAUUGUUGGGUUGCUGAGCUGAUCAGGCUUUGCUGGCUGGUGGCUUUUACAGAGCGUUUGGAUUAGGUGGUCAUUUGUGUCACUUCUAGCCUGUGUUUUAAGAACUUCUCUAGGGCUUUUGUGGAUGCCUCAGCGGUGCCACCGAGGUGGGGGGGGCAGGUAAGCAGAGAUGGGUAGACUAACGGACAGACAGUUCAUAUACCGGGGGGGGUUAGCAGGUAGAGAUGCAAGAGAUUAGAGGGGUGGGGCCAGGGAAAUAUGUGUUUAGGAGGGGGUUGUAUAUGCCCAAAAGGGGUAUUGGGGUCCAGUUAAGGUGGAAGUUGGGGUUGGGAGUGCGCUCAGAAACAGAGACAGACAAAUAGGCUAUAUGUAAAGGGUGGAGGGAGAAAAAAGGGAAGAAGAAGAAGAAAGAAAGAAGAAGGGGGGAGGCGGGGGGAGAGGGGAGAUUGGAGUAAAAGAGAAGAGAGAGAGAGAGACAAAAGAGAGUUGAAAGAGCGAGGAGAGAUAGUACAGUAAUAUCAGCGGUAUUAGAAUGCAGCAGUAGUUUUAGCUAUAGUAUGAGGGGGGCAAAUUAUGAUAGGGUGAUAUGAAUGUGUGUAUGUGUUUCCUUUAGGGGAAGGGGGGGAUGGAGAGAGGGAGGAGGGAGAGAAAAGGAGAGGAGGAGGGGGAAGGGUGGGAAAAGGAAGGAGAAGAAAAGAGAGGGGAGGGAGGGAGGGUGAGCUGCUGCAAUGGUAUGGGGGAAAGUCUUAUUUUAAAAGAGGGGGUGGGGGGGAAAGGGCUCCCCUCUCAAGAACAAACUGAUGAACAGGCUAAAAAGGGGGGGUUGAUUUAAAAAAAUUAAAGGGAUAGAGAACAGAAUUGGGGAUGGAAAAUGAAAGGUGGGGUAAAAGGAAAAAAUGAGGAGGGGUGAAGAGAGAGGGGGGAGAGAAAAAAGGGAUAGAAAAAUAAAAAGGGGGGGAGUUGAGGGGGAGAGUAUCAAUAGCAAUAGCAGUGAUAUGGAGGAAAUUUUUGUUUUAAAAGAGAGUGGUGGUCGUAGCUGGGGGCGAAAGAUUCCCCCCUCAAGAACAAGCCAACAAAUAGAAAAGAAAGGGCUUUAAAAAGAGAAAGAGGGGCGAAAAAAUAAUAAUUGUAUGGUUUUUGGGGGUUUUUUUUUUUUAAAAAAAUAAUAAUAAUAUUUCCCCCUAAUUAUUGUUAUUAUUUUUUGUUUGUAAAAAAGUAAUUAAAAAUGUACGGGUAAAAGAUAAAAAUGAGAAUUAAAGGUUAAAAAAAGGGGGGGUUGUCUUUAGAUAGAUAGAUAGAUAGAUAGAGCUUUUUAUUUUAUUUUUUUAAAAAAUGAGUAAAGUAUAGGUAAAAGAGGAUAGGUAAAAGAGAGUGGAAAGUCUGGGCUAAGUGGCAGUCCCAGGAAAUGGCCUGUGAUGGUUCAGGGCUGUUUUCUGGGUACUGCCAUUUUAAUUCUUAAGAGGGGAGUUUGAGGUGGAAAUAAAAUGAGGUUUAAAUUCAGAGUGUGUGUGUGGAAAAGUGUGUCUUUAAAUAGUGUGUAGAAAAGAUAGAAAUAAAAAUAAAGAUUCAAAUAAAGGGUGGCUGCAGCAGCAGUGGCCCCUCUUUUAAAAAGAAAAGUGAUAAAAGUAGGUAUAUGGGGGGGAAGGAUAAAAAAGAUAUACAUAUAUUUUAAAGGGGGAGGGAGGGGAGGAAGGGGUUAAAAAAAAAAAGCAAAGUAAGAAAGGGGGGGAAAUCCCCUUUGUUAUGCGGCUUCUCUGUGUUUUCCUUGCUGCUGGAGCUCCCGGUGGGGCUCAGCCACGUGUUUUUUCCGGAGCCUCUUUUGCCUUCCCGUGCUCACCUACCUCUCCUCUGCUUUCCUGUCAGCAGAGAUGGGGGCAGCAGCGGUAAAUUUGGGGCUCCUUUUCUUUCUUUCUUUUCUUCCUCUCUCCCCUUUCUUUCUCCCUCUUUGCGUUAGCUCCACUGUCCUCCUGGUCUUGGAGCUCCCCUCGGCUGGUGGGGGUGGUCGGGUGCCUUUCCGGCUCAAUCAAGGUCGUGGGGGGGUGUUUUGGCUCCUUUGAUAGGCUCCCCGGGCACCCCCGAUUCCUCUCCGCUGGCGGUGCUGGCGGCAGCAGUCCUGGGACAAGCCUGAUCUUUAUUGAUCUGUUGCAACAGGGUGCUCCCCUCACAUGCAGGAAUGGAGAAGGAACCCAGAACAAUGGCGCACAAGGCCUUAUACAGACAUUUUAAAUCCCUGGCCCUGGAGCUCAAGACCACCCCUCCAUACAUCACAGAAGGGGUGUAACCCAAGACCUUGAUAUUCCUCUUCUAUCUGGUAGCGGAUUCUCCCGGUGAGAACAGCCAGCUCCAUAAAGUCCAUCACCUAAUCUUCAUAUAUUUCCUUCCAUGUAUUAUGGAAGCAGGUGUGUGUCAGUUUUUCUCCAACUUCUUCAAUGCUUUCUAGAUCCAGACGUCAUCUAGAUGCUCCCUUUUGCCAUAGGAAGAUCUCUGCUCUCAAUUCUUUAUGAGAGCCUUUAUCAUCAGGAUGAGACACCUGCAUCGUCCAAAAGCUACUUGCAUUGGAAGGCUUGACUUUGUUCUUCUUCCCCAGCUCUCAGAUGAAGGAGACCUUAGAGGAUCCUCCCGUGGCUUUUCCUCCUGCCCUGAAGUGGAGGAUCUGGGACUUCUGCCAUAUAAAUCCCUUCCUGCAGGGUGUCAUGAAAAAAUUCAGAGGUAAUGUAGCCUGUAAGAAGGCCUGUAAGGAUUGUUUACUGGAUGGUUAGAAGUGUUCAUGACAGGCUCCAAGUCAUGUAGAAUAUUAGCCAUGCCAGGAAAAUGAGAUUUAUGUAUUUAUCCUCUUUUACUAUCAGGAUGCCACACUUUCAUAUACAAAGGACUCCCAACUUACUCUAAUUCUACUUACACAAUCACAGCUUUAUGUGGAUCACAAAUAAAUAGAUAUAGUUACCGUAUUUUUCGCUCUAUAGGACGUUUCCCCCUCCAAAAAUGAAGGAGGAAAGUGUGUGCGUCCUAUGGAGCGAAUGCAGGCUUUCGCUGAAGCCUGGAGAGCGAGAAGGGUUGGUGUGCACCGACCCCUCUCGCUCUCCAGGCUUCAGAAAGCUAUCCGCAAGCCCGCCGGGCUCUGCAGGCUUGCGGACAGCUGCCUGCAGCCCAAAGCCCGGGGAGCACGUCGCUGUGCACCCCGGGCUUUGGGCAGCUCUCCGCAAGCCUGCGGAGCCCGGCGGGAGUUCCCGCCGGGCUCCGCUGACUUGCGGACAGCUGCCUGCAGCCCGAAGCUGUUCUGGCUUUGGGAAGGCUGCAGAGGCUUGAAAGGCUGUCCCUGAAGCCAAAACAUCGAGACGGGGUGCUGUGCAGCCCUCCUCACUGUUCUAGCUUCGGGAGGGCUGCACAAAGGCUCCGCAGGGCGGCGAGGUGAAGGCACCCCGCCACCCUGCGGAGGCUUGAAAGGCUGUCCCCGAAGCUACGCUCCAAAGGCUUCAGGGAUCUUUGAGGUUGGUGGUGGGGGAAAGCAGCGCUUCCCCCCACCGCCUGCCCCACAAGCUCGGGGGGCAGCGGCAAGGCUGCAGGAAACCAUCACUUGUCAGGCUCUGGAGGCUUUUAAUCCCUCCAGGAAAAUCACUUUAGAGCCCUCUGCAUUUCUUACUAGGCUCUGAGAGGCUCUUGUGGGGCCAUCCAAUAUCUUUGAUGGAGGGGGUGAUUUGGGAGGGAAUUCUGGUUUUGCAUGACUUUAUGAACAAUCCCCAGGAAAGUAACCCUUGCGUAAGUUGUGAAUUGUCUGUAAAAAGCUGUAUUUUACUGCUUCACAUCUCUCAGCCAGGCCUUAGAUGUUUUCACACUCCUCACCCAUUUCCCAAGUAGCCUCACCUACAGCCUUUUGCGCGUCUCCUCAGUUCCUCUGGCCUUGAGAUUGAUGUAAAGCAGGCAGAAGGAGGGAAGAAUGGAGGCUGUCAAAGAGCCACCCAGGAGCAGAGGGAACAGGGGUUGAGAACUCCAGUUCUGGAACAGGGAAGUCCAGAUCUUACAUCUGUAUGAAGCUGCUGGGAGAAAUCAUCCGGGGUUUGGGCUGGGCAUUCACCGGUAUGCAGAUAAUACCCAGCUCUACCUCUCUUUCAAAUCAGAAUGAGUGAAGGCAGGGAAGGUGAUGUGUGAGUGUCUGGAGGUGCUUGGAGGAUGGAUGGUGGCUAACAGAUUGAGGUUGAAUCUUGACAAGACAGAACUUAUGUUUUGAGGGGACAGGGGGCGGGCAGGUGUGGGGGACUCCCUGGUCCUGAAUGGGGUAACUGUGUUCCUGAAGGACCACGUGUGCAGCCUGAGAGUCAUUUGGGCUCUCAUGUGUCCAUGGAGGUGCAGGUCAAUUCUGUGUGCAGGGCAGCUGUCUACCAGCUCCAUCUGGUACACUGGCUGAGACCCAUAGCUGUCAACUUUUCCCUUUUCUUGCGAGGAAUCCUAUUCGGAAUAAGGGAAUUUCCCUUAAAAAAAGGAAAACGUUGACAGCUAUGCUGAGACCCUACCUGACUCUGCAACAUAUAGCCAGAGUGGUACAUGCUCUGGUUAUCUCCCACUUUGACUAUUGCAAUGCGCUCUAUGUGGGGCUACCUUUGAAGGUGACUCAGAAACUACAACUAAUCCAAAAUGCAGCAGCUAGACUGGUGACUGGGAGCGGCUGCCAGGACCAUAUAACACCGGUUCUAAAGGAUCUUCAUUGGCUCAUAGUGCUUUUCUGAGCAGAAUUCAAAGUCUAGGUGCUGACCUUUAGAGCCCUAAACGGCCUCGGCCCAGUCUCCACGCCCAUCGUUCAGCCCGGACACUGAGGUCCAGCGCUGAGGGCCUUCUGCUGGUUCCCUGACUGCGAGAAGUGAGGUUACAGGGAACCAGGCGGAGGGCCUUCUUUGUAGUCGCACCCACCAUCUGGAACGCCCCCCCCCCAUGCUUCAGAUGUCAAGGAGAUAAAUCAACUAUCUGACUUUUAGAAGACAACUGAAGGCAGCCCUGUAUUGGGAAGUUUUUAAUGUUUGAUGUUUUACUAUAUUUCAAUAUAUGCUGUGAGCUGCACAGAGUGGCUGGGCGGGGAAUAACAACAACAACAACAACAACAACAUCUCCUCAAGAUUGUUGCUCAUGGUGAGAUCUUCUGGGGGUCCUGCUCCUCCUCUAAGGUCUGAGCAGGCCUGAAUCUUGACAUCGCCCCUGCCCUGGCUUAUGCAGGUAUAGGCAGCAUGGUGGGUUUUAGACAUUUUAAAUGGCAACUCCCAUAAGCUCCAGCUGUCAUGGCCGAUGCUUAGGGAUGAUGGGAACUGUAGUCCACAAUGCCUAAAGUUCACCACUCUGGCUUCCCCAGCUAUAAUUGCAUGAGCUCAUAUUGUCAUUACCAGAUUAGUCAUCAGGGUGAUGGUGUGAUGCUAAAUCUCUGUUCCCUUUUCUUUGCCAGACACUGUGGAAUCUGGACUUCAGCUGCAAAAAGGUAAAUUUCAGGGUUGAAUGGAGUCACAAUUUCGGGAUAAAUGGAAUCUCCUUCUCAAAAGAUGAGACCAUUGCAGCUCUUCUGUCCAUGCCUUAUUUCCCCCCCGUUAGCACUUUCCACAGGGACGCGGGUGGCGCUGUGGGUUAAACCACUGUGCCGCUUGGGCUUGCUGAUCAAAAGGUCGGCGGUUUGAAUCCCUGCAACGGGGUGAGCUCCUGUUGUUCGGUCCCAGCUCCUGCCAACCUAGCAGUUCGGAAGCACAUCAAAGUGCAAGUAGAUAAAUAGGUACCGCUCUGGCGGGAAGGUAAACGGUGUUUCUGUGCGCUGCUCUGGUUUGCCAGAAGCGGCUUAGUCAUGCUGGCCACAUGACCCAAGAACUUGUGGAGUAUCUUAGUUCCAAACGCAGGUAACAAAGUCCCUGUUCGUUUCAGAGGGAAUUACAUUUCUGUCAUGUGCCAAAAGAAAAUUCAGCUUCCCAGUUGAUGUCGUAUCUCUUCUCUUUCCCCCCACAGAAAUCGUAACUUUGGAUCCAGACACAGCACAUCCCUACCUCAUCCUGUCUGAGGAUCGAAAGAGUGUGAGAGAGGGAGAACUGUGUCAAGACCUGCCAGACAACCCUGAGAGAUUUGACAGCUAUACCUAUGUGCUGGGGUGUGAGGGUUUCACAGCAGGCAGACAUUUCUGGGAAGUCACUGUGGGAAGAGAGGAGGGAUGGGGGGUGGGGGUGGCCAGAAAGUCUGUGAAGAGGAAGGGUGAGUUCUGUUUUGAUACUACAGAAGGGAUCUGGGGUUUGGGGAAGUGGGGUGGUGGGUACAGGUUCUCCUCCCCCCGUAAGGCCCCUGUUCCAUGUGAGGAGCCCAAGAGGAUCCGAGUGGCCCUGAACUGUGAAGGGGGACGGGUGUCCUUUUACGAUGCUGAUAGAGCAGCCCUCCUCCACACAUUCUCAGCAGCCUCCUUCUCAGGAGAGACCCUCCAACCCUUUUUUUAUGUGUCCGCCAAAGGCCACCUGACAAUCUCUCGAGUGUAAUAAUAAUAAUAAUAAUAAUAAUAAUAAUACAGUGGUUAAUUCAUACUUAAUUCGUUCCGGAGGUCCGUACUUAACCUGAAACUGUUCUUAACCUGAGGUACCACUUUAGCUAAUGGGGCCUCCUGCUGCUGCCGUGCCGCCGGAGCACGAUUUCUGUUCUUAUCCUGAAGCAAAGCUCUUAACCUGAGGUUCUAUUUCUGGGUUAGCGGAGUCUGUAACCUGAAGCGUAUGUAACCUGAAGUGUAUGUAACCCAAGGUACCACUGUAGUAAUAAUAAUAAUAAUAUUAAUAAUAAUAUUCAUAAAAACAACACAAUAUGCAUCAAUUAAUUAAAAUACAUCUUAAAAUUAAUUCAGACAAAUUAAAAUCUGGGCAGGUGGCAAUUAUCAGGUUAGAACUGAGAGUGGUUAAUAUUUGCCAGGACCAACUGCUUCCACUGAGCAUGCAAGGACCUGUGAGUGGGUUGGGGGCCUCCUUCGAGCUUGUUUUUAUACAAAGCAAAGUAAGUCAAACUGCAUCCUGCCCAAAGGCCUGGCGGAACAACUCCGUCUUGCAGGCCCUGCAGAAAUACGUCAAAUCCUGCAGGGCCCUGGUCCGUUGUGGGAGAGCAUUCCACCAGGCUGGGGCCACUGCCAAAAAGGCCCUAGCUCUAGUCGAGGCCAGUCUAAUUUCUCUGGGGCCCGGGAUCGUCAAGGUUUUGUUGUUUGCAGACUGUAAGGUCCUCUUUGGGGCAUACCAGGAGAGGCGGUCCCGUAGGUACGAGGGUCCUAGGCCGUGUAGGGCUUUAAAGGUUAAAACCAGCACCUUAAACCUCAUCCUGUAUUCCACAGGGAGCCAGUGCAGCUGGUAUAGCACUGGGUGAAUGUGAUCCCGCCGUGAGGCAGGGCAGCAGCAGUAGAGACAGACAAGCAGAUACUCAUCACCACAUUUUCAAACUAAGUCUUCUUGAAGGGGCAGCUGUAUUGGCAGAACAGUGAUUGGCUGACCCGAGUGUCCAUCAUGGUACAACUCUCUUUUCUCAGGCUGCUUUUGUAAAUGACACCGAUUGGUUGGGUUUCCUGUCAGUCCUGAAACCUGCCUGUUGUCUUUCCCUCAUGGUCUCCCUUGGGAAUCAGCUGCUUCAGUUGGUGCAGGAGGAGCAAAGGGGGAAAGAAGCAGACUAAUAAUAAACACAAAAUCAACCCUACACUCAUGCCUGUUCUGAUGUAGUACUUUUUCCAGCCUUCCAAAAGUCAAUGAAGUCUGACUUACAGCUUUCUAUAGAGAAUACCCUCAUCACUUCUCUGAAUAGGCAUUGCUUAAAACUUCCCUCCUGCUUUCAGUUUUUCUUUCCUUUCCCCAAGACCUUCACUGGCUGUUGGACUGGUCGUGUUGUGCGGAUGCCUGAUGAUUGACUUCCAAAGCAACUACUCUGUUCCGAACUUAAAAAUGGAAAGCGUAACGCUGGUGGUCAACAAAAGAGGUUUAAAGACUCUCUCAAGGCAAAUCUAAAAAAAUGUAGUAUAAACACCGACAACUGGGAAACACUGGCCUGCGAGCGCUCCAGUUGGAGAACAGCCUUUACCAAAGGUGUCAUGGGCUUUGAAGACACUCGAACUCAGGACGCAAGGGAGAAACAUGCCAAGAGGAAGACACGCUUGGCAAACCCUCACCGGGAUCAACUCCCACCUGGAAACCAAUGUCCCCACAGUGGAAGGACAUGUAGAUCCAGAAUUGGCCUCCACAGUCACUUACGGACUCAUUGCUAAAACUGUGUUUAUGGAAAACAAUCUUACUCGGCUACAAGUGGUCGGAAAAGAAGAAGGGAAUUUUAGGGUGGGUGGGUGUGGUAAAUUCCCAUAUACAGUAUACAAUUAUUUUCUCUUAGGUGCUUUGUAGUGAACAAGCAGAUAUAUCUGCAAUGAGCAGGAAAGCCAGAAGGCCUAAUGCCAAGCAGUUACAGAUCCAUAAGGGUCUUUAUGGGAGAAGGACUCUGAGAGAACUGCUCCCCAUGGGACCAGGCAGGUUCCAACUCAAGGAGCUGGUUUGCCUACCUCACAUUAUCCAUUAAAACUUCCAGUCCUGACUCUCAUUAUUCUAGUCAAAAUAAUAAUAAUAAUAAUAAUAAUAAUAAUAAUAAUAAUAAUAAUUUUCUUAUUUAUACCCUGCCCAUCUGGCUUGGUUUCCCCAGCCACUCUGGGCAGCUUACAGCACAUACAAAACAUAGUAAAACGUCAGACAUUAAAAACUUCAGAAUGGCUUCAGAAUGUUGUGCGGUUGUUUGAUCUAGGACCAAUUGCAAUUGAAAGUAACAUGUUGAGGUCAACCGUGAAGUAUUUAAAUUUGAUAAAAAAUACAUUUUUGUGCUUCAAGCAGCUUAAUAGCUGCACGGCCCAAGCCUCCGACGACAGGCUGUUAUGGUUCAGUUGCAACGGGAUGAGGGAAAUUCAGCAACCCUAUCAGGGACACGGCUUUCUCCCCAAUGGGGCCAAUCUCGGCCACAUUACCAAAUGUCUGUCCUCCCAGACAGGCAGCCCCAAAUUGCUCUCUGUUAUGUACUGAGUUGAAUAGGAUCCAAAAAUGCAGUAGUCUGAUUGGUCCUAGAACAAUAGGAUCCAAAAUGCAGCAGUCUGAUUGGUCCUAGAACAAUGCAGCAGGAUGAUUGGUCUGCAGGAUUGGUCUGCAGGAGCAGACCAGGAUGAUUGGUCUGCAGGAGCCACCCAAUCCACAACCUGAUUGGCCUACAGGAGAAUUCCAGAAUUAGCCAAUCACGUGCAGCCCAUUGUGUAAAUAAUGCAUAUAAAGCAGAUACUUUGAGGGGACUUACAUUCCUCCUCACCACUAUGAGCUGAAUAAAGAGCAUGAAAUCCACUCUCGACUCUGAGUAUAUUUCACUCUCCAAGUCCCAACCACGUCAUUUCACAUGGGGUGGUGGUAAGGGAGCCAAACCACUUUCAUAAACAGCAAAGUGAGGAGCACUGGGCUGUAGGGGUGGCCAGGCAGUCUGUGAGGGCUGAGGAGGAAGGGCAAGUUCGCUCCUCCCUGAGGAUGGGAUUUGGGAGGUGGGGAAAUAGGAAGUGAAUAGGGCGCCUCCUCUUCUGAUGCCCCUGUUCUGUCCCUGCUUGAGGAGCCCAAGAGGAUCUGAGGGACCCUGAACUCUCACCUGUCCUUUCACGAUGCAGAUCCAGCAGCCCUUUUCCAUGCAUUCCCAGCAUCCACCUUCUCAGGAGAAGACCCUCCAGCCCUGCUCUCUCUCCAGGGAGAAGCCCUAUGUGCAGGAUAGAGAUUGGCCGGCCAUUGUGUCAGUCAUGGUGCAACUCUUCCUUCUCAGACCAGCUUUCUACACAGCACUGAUUGGCUUGCUGUUGGGUCAGUUGGGAGAGAAAACCUGCCUCUUGUCCCUCCCCCAGGCAGCUUUCUCAAUGGAGUCACUCGUUUGGUUCAUGCCCUCUCUGAAUAAAGUGACAUUUCACUGAAAAAGGGCUGCAUUCAUCUCUUGGCAACACGAGAACGGGCCUUUUCUCCAGUGUCUCCCCCGUCUGUGGAAUGCUCUCCCCUGCGAAGUUCGCCUGGCGCCUUCAUAAUAUAGUGGUACCUCCACCGGUUACGAAUUUAAUUCGUUCUGGACGUCUGUUCUUAUCCUGAAACCGUUCUUAACAUGAGGCAUGCUUUCGCUAAUGGGGCCUCCCGCUGCUGCUGCGCGACUUUCGCUUGCAUUCCCGGGCAAAGUUCGCAUCCAGGGGCAUCUGUCUUGUCAGGAUUCAACCUCAAUCUGUUAGCCGCCAUCCAUCCUCCAACCGCCUCCAGACACUCACACAGGACCUUCACCGCCUUUACUGGUUCUGAUUUGAAAGAGAGGUAGAGCUGGGUAUCAUCUGCAUACUGAUGAACACCCAGCCCAAACCCCCUGAUGAUCUCUCCCAGUGGUUGCAUAUAGAUGUUGAAAAGCAUGGGGGAGAGGACAGAACCCUGAGGCACCCCACAAGUGAGAGCCCAGGGGUCUGAACACUCAUCCCCCACCACCACUUUCUGAACACGGCCAAGGAGGAAGGAGCGGGACCACUGUAUAGCAGUGCCCCCAGCUCCCAGCCCCUCUUAUUAUGAAUUUUAUGUUUUUAUAUAGUGAUUUUAUCUUGUCAACCGCCCAGAGGCCUGCGGUUAAAGGGUGGUAUACAAAAUUGAUAAUAAUAACAAACUGAUCACAGUGCUCUGUGCAAAACUGACUUCACUGAAAUCUUCCUUCCUUCCUUCCUUCCUUCCUUCCUUCCUUCCUUCCUUCCUUGCCUUGCUCCAGGAUAUUGGAAGCUUCUUGCAAAGGUAAGUGAUGAAAAACCCCUGCCUUAUUAUGAUGCUAGGAACAUUCUUUAACAGGUGAGAAACUCACAGUCCACUCUCUCCUUCCAGAAAUAGUUUAGGACACCAUCAUCCAUUUCAAAAAAUGACAGACAAAAAUAGGGAGACGUUUUUGCAGUCAUUUGUAUCUAUUGGUCCCAUCUACAAUCACAGACAGGAAGCCGUUCCCAUUGCAUAUCUCUGAAGGCCCUUCUCUGUGAUGGAGUCAUUUGAUUGUGAUGGAGACUCUGUGAUGGAGUCAAUUGAUACAAAAAGGGGAGACAUUCCAAAGGGGCUUGUAAAUAUCUUCACUAUAACUUUCCCUUAAAUAUCCAGUGUAUUCCAAGCUCCUGCAGUUUCUUCCCCAGACAUAAGAACAUGAGAUAGGGCCCUGCUGGAUCAGGCCAGUGGUCCAUCAAGUCCAGCAUCCUGUUUUCACAGUGCUUAACCAGAUGCCAGUGAGAAACCCGCGAUCAGGAUCUGAGCGCCAGAGGACACUCCCCUCCUGUGGUUCAGAGGCACCACUGCCUUUGACCCAGCCAUCACGAAUAGUAGGCGCUGAGAGCCUUGUCCCCCAGACAUAUUCAAACACUCAUGACUUUUGAAAAUCUUCCAUGUUUAGAAAAUGCUGCUUUAAUUUAUUUUCUUUUUAAAAAAUAAUUUGCAUAUAUCAGCUUCUUUACCUUCAAUCUCAUAUUCCUAUAUUAGCUUCAACAUGUUUUGGAAGCAGCUGUGUGUCGGUUUUCCUUCAGCUUGUUAGGAUCUCUCUAGAUCCACACGUCAUCUAGAUGCUCCCAAGUCAUCAUGCCUUUAUCAUCAGGAUGAGACACCUGUCUUGUCAGAAAGCUGCUUACAUUGGACGGCUGGUGGCUUGACUUUGUUCUUCUUCUCCCAGGUCUCAGGCAAAGCAGAAAUUUAAGAAUCCCCCUGAAGCUUUUCCUCUUGCCCUGAAGUGGAGGAUCUGCGACUUUUGUGAUAUGACUCCUUUCCUGGAAGCUGUCAUGAAGAAAUUCAGAGGUAGUAAAGAAGGGCUGAAAUAUUUUAUACUGGAUGUUUAGAAGUGUUCAUGACAGGUUCCAGGUCAUACAGAAUAUUAGCCAUGCCAGGAAAAUGGAAGGUUUAUUUAUUUAUUCUCUUUCAAUAUCUAGAGGCCAUACUUUCAUAUGCAGAAGUCGCAACUUAUGCUGCUUUUACUUCUGCAAUUACAGCUUUACAUGGAUCGCUAAAAAACAGAUAAAGAGCGAGGUAGGAAAUUAUCGUUUACUGGGCUCUGCCUCUGCCUUGCUUAUUGGACUCUGAGAGGCUCUAUUGAGAUCUUGUGGGAACGUCCCAGAUCUCAUUUGGAAUGUAACCCUCACAUAAGUUGUGAGUCGUCUGUAAAACGUUGUGUUUUACUGCUUCACAUCUCUCAGCCAGGGCUUAGGUGCUUUCAUGCAUCUCACCCAUUUCCCAGGUAGCCUCACCUACAGCUUUUUGGGCAUCUCCUCUGUUCCUUUGGCCCUGAGAUUGAUGUAAGGGGGGCAGAAGGAGGGAAUGAGGGGGGCUGUUAAAGAGCCAGCCAGGAGCAGAGGAGACUGGGGUUGAGGCCUCCCAUCCUGGAACAGAGAUAUCUGGUGUCAUGAACACAUCUGUCCCAAGUAGAGAAGCACAGCAUGUGUUAAGCAGCCAGCAGCAGGAACUCUUGCAUUUCUCUCAGGCAGCUGGUAGCAGUCGCAUGUCUACUACCCCUUCCCCUGACAGUGAAAGAAAUGCAGAUAAGACUUAUGUAGAGAAGCCAACUCACUCAAGAAGCACAGGCUGGCUCAGAAUGAAGGAGGGAAGCAUUUCCUCACCGGAAGAGGAGGCAAUUAAUCCUAUGAGCCCAAGGAGUAGACAUAUGUGAAAGAGAUUAGAAAGGAAACAAAACCAGAAAAGUAAGGGUUAUAGGUUCAGGAUAUUCUGCAGAAGCAGGAAGAACUCCUCAGAAGGGUCAACUGAAUCAUAUGGUACAGAAGCUCCAAUAGGGCGUCUGAGGCUGAUUGUAAAUCUUCCAGCUAAUUACGACUUGUGUGCUGUGUUAUCAAGAUGGCAGCCUGGGCUCCUGAUAUCACCUGAAGGUUGUUGCUGAUGGGAAGAUCUUCUGGGGGUCCUGUUCCUCUUCUAAGGUCUGAGCAGGCCUGAAUCUUGACAUUGCCCCUGCCCUGGCUUAUGCAGGGAUCGUCAGCAUGGCGGAUUUCGGAUAGUUUUAAAUUACAUUCUCAUGAGUUUGUAUUGUCGUUACUAGAUUAGUUAUCAAGACAGUGGCAUGAUGCUAAAACUAUGUUCCCUUUUCUCUUCCAGACACUAUGGAAUAUGGACUUGAGCUGCGAAAAGGUAAAUUUCAGGUUUUUAAAGGAGGCACAAUUUCAGGAGUGAUGAAAUCUGCUUCUCAAAAAACCUGGCUACUGUGGAUCUCCCAUCUGUCACCCCCACCCAGUCCCCCACCCAGUCCCCGUUUCCACUUUCCAUGUCUCCUGUGCAGGUUUUUGUCACUUUCAGGAAGUGAUAAAUUGUACCUAGGGUGUUAUACUCCUCCAAUUUUCUUGUCAGUGAGAAGUGUUGGUGCUUUGCCUCCGGACAUCCAGGCAUGACAUACAUCCGAAAAUGCAUGCACGUAGUCAUUAGCAGAGUUAGCCUAAGCUAAGACCGGUGCAAUGUCACAUCAGGGUUUAGUGAUUUAUUUACAGGAUGAAAACAAAGAUCAGAGCCAUUAUGGCGCGUCUCUUCUCCUCCGAGAGAGCAACAAACAGACAGGAAACAAAGGACGGAAUUAGGAAGUCAUAGGACUAUCUUCCGUUUCUCAUGCUUCCAAAGAAUGGAAUGUCAACACACAGAGCAUGUGGUCUAGUAGUCACACACACAUUGCAGCAUGGGAGAGAAUGGAACUACUGACACAAAGAGGUUUCCUUUUGAAGGAUAUCAUUGGAGGUUUAUGGCAUUUCAUCCUUUUUGAGUUUUUUUAUUUGCCAAUAUCAACAGAUUGACAGAGCUUAAACAUUCACAACAGGCAAGUCCACGGUUUGGCAUCAGAGAGAGGCAGCCAGGACCACCGACAUGAUGUCAGCUGACAGAGCCCAAACUCUACUCCCUCUGUCUCCUCCUCUGCCAUACACUCAAACGUUAGUUUUUAUUAUUGACAGACUCCUAAUAACAUUGGGACGCGGGUGGUGCUGUGGGUUAAACCACAGAGCCUAGGACUUGCCGAUCAGAAGGUCGGCGGUUCGAAUCCCCACGAUGGGGUGAGCUCCCAUUGUUCGGUCCCAGCUCCUGCCCACCUAGCAGUUCGAAAGCACGUCAAAGUGCAAGUAGAUAAAUAGGUACCGCUCCGGCGGGAAGGUAAACGGCGUUUCCGUGAGCUGCUCUGGUUCGCCAGAAGCGACUUAGUCAUGCUGGCCACAUGACCCAGAAGCUGUACACCGACCCCCUCAGCCAGUAAAGCGAGAUGAGCACCCCAACCCCAGAGUCAGUCAUGACUGGACCUAAUGGUCAGGGGUCCCUUUACCUUUACCUUUACCUUUACCUAAUAACAUUGUCUUUAGCUAGGACUUUUUUUCCUGCUUGUGUGGUGGUGGGGACAUGCCUCCAGUCACCUUCUAGCUAUUUCUUUGUUAUUUAGCCAAAAAUCUCUGUAACAACAACAACCUGGAAACUUUUCUAAGCCUCUUUUUAUGUAUGUGAGGAACAGAGAUGAGAAAGAUGAGUCAUAUCAAUCUGGUCUGGGGAGCCAGGAUGGGGUCUCUGCAUUGAAGGUGGGAAUGACGCUUCCUAGGUGUUACUGGGUUUGGCUUCAAUUUGUUGUUGUUUAGUCAUGUCUGACUCUUCAUGACCCCCUGGACCAGAGCACGCCAGGCACUCCUAUCUUCCACUGCCUCCCGCAGCUUGGUCAAACUCAUGCUGGUAGCUUCGAGAACACUAUCCAACCAUCUCGUCCUCUGUUGUCCCCUUCUCCUUGCGCCCUCCAUCUUUCCCAACAUCAGGGUCUUUUCCAGGGAGUCUUCUCUUCUCAUGAGGUUUCUGUAGUGUGACUAAAGAAAAGUCAGCUUCCCCGUUGAUGUCGUUUCUCUUCUCUUUCCUCCUCUGCCCUCACAGAAAACAUAACUUUGGAUCCAAACACAGCACAUCCCUACCUCAUCCUGUCUGAGGAUCGAAAGUGUGUGAGACAGGGAGACGUCUAUCAAGACCUGCCAGACAACCCUGAGAGAUUUGACACAGAAACCUAUGUGCUGGGAUGUGAGGGUUUCACAUCAGGCAGACAUUUCUGGGAGGUCACUGUGGGAAGAGAGGAGGGGUGGGGGGUGGGGGUGGCCAGAAAGUCUGUGAAGAGGAAGGGUGGUUUCUCUUCUGGUCCUAUUGAAGGGAUCUGGGUUUUUAGUACGUGGGGCAGUUUGUUCAAGUUAUUCUUCCCCCAAGUUCUGCUGCCCCUCAGGAGGAUCCGAGUGACCCUGAACUAUGAAGGGGGACGGGUGUCCUUUUACGAUGCUGAUACAGCAGCCCUUCUCCGCGCAUUUCCAGCAGCCUCCUUCUCAGGAGAGACCCUCCAGCCCAUCUUUUAUGUGUCCGCCAAAGGCCACUUAGCACUCUCUGAGGGUAGAGACAGAAAAGGUUCCAGGUUUGCUGCUAAAUAUGCUUCUCAGUGCCACCUGUCCUAAAUCAGCAGAGCAAUGUGCAACAUCAAAGCGCUUCAGAAGCUCUGACCCAGACAACGAAGCCAGUAACUCACAGAUUCAGUUAAUUACAGACACAAGUAUUUUACCAUCGGGUCAUAAAAGCUUAAUGGUUCCUGUUAUAAGAAUUUUAAGGUCAUAUAUAAAAAAAUUAAAUGUUCGUAACUGUAUAUAUAAACCACAUGUCUGAAACCCCACAGAUUAGGUCCUGAACAAAUUGACCUCAAAUAUUUCUCUGUCUCUUUCCUCACAAAUCCUGUCCUCACAAAUCCACAUUCAAGAUAUGAACAGGGUGUGAGCCUGUGACUUGUGAGCUAGAUUCAGGAAUUAAGUAGUUAUAAUAACAAAAGAGUGGCCAAAACCCAGAUAAUGCAAUCAGGUAACUUGCCAGACAGGAGAUAAACAACACACUCAGAUUUCUGUUGUAGACCGCCUUUUCUGUGAUGUAGGCAUGAUGUAUCUGGGGGGUGGUCUUGGGCUACACCCCUUCUGUGAUGUAUGUAUGAUUUUUCUGGGGGUGGUCUUGGACUCCAGGGUGGGCAAUUUAAAAUGUCUAUAUAAGGGUGGGCACACCUUUGUUCUGGGUCCUCCUCCUCUCUCCGGCGUAUGGGGGAGCACCCUGUUGCAACAGUUAAUAAAGAUCAGACUUACUAGCUGCUUUGCUUCUCAAUAUUCUCUGGCUGGUCUCUGUUAUUUUCUCCUACUGAUAGUGAACCCACUUAAGGACUCUAUAUGGGUUCUUGGGUACCUCAUAAGGGAAAAGGAGCAGAUUUUUUACUUAUAUCAGUUCUCAUUUACAGAGUUCAUCUGCUGAAGUGUUCCUUCCUUAGAGUUUUCUGGGCUUUGCUUUUUGCAACCCACAAAACCCACAUGCAACUCUCUCUUGCAUCCUGUCUGCUUGCCAGAUCAAUGCAGACUAAGCACAGUUUUCAUACAGCUGCUGUAAGAACUGAAGCAGCUCCUCUCACAGAUGUGGCCUUGACUAAAGAAAAACUUCCAGCCUUCUGGAAGCUUCUUGCAGUAUCCAAAAUCUUCUGGAAUCUUCAAGAACUUUCAGUUAGUUCUGGAAAGAAUGAAAGCUCUCCCUCAAGGGUUGUCCCCCCCCAAAGUAGAACAGUGUUUGCAGGACAGUGAUUGGCCAGACUUCCUGCCAGUCAUGAUGCCAAGUCUACCUUCUCAGGCAAGGUUGGUAAACACCACUGAUUGGUUGGCUCUCCUGUCAGUCCUGAAACCUGCCACAUGCUUUCCCUUGAGAAUCAGCUGCUUCAGUUGGUGCAAAGUGGGAAAUAAGCAGGUAAAGGUAAAGGGACCCCUGACCAUUAGGUCCAGUCGUGACCGACUCUGGGGUUGCGGCGCUCAUCUCGCUUUAUUGGCCGAGGGAGCUGGCGUACAGCUUCCGGGUCAUGUGGCCAGCAUGACUAAGCCGCUUCUGGCGAACCAGAGCAGCGCAUGGAAACGCCGUUUACCUUCCCACCGGAGUGGUACCUAUUUAUCUACUUGCACUUUGAUGUGCUUUUGAACUGCUAGGUUGGCAGGAGCAGGGACCGAGCAACGGGAGCUCACCCCAUCACGGGGAUUCGAACCACCGACCUUCUGAUCGGCAAGUCCUAGGCUCUGUGGUUUAACCCACAGCGCCACCCGCAUCCCGGGGGAAAUAAGCAGACUAAUGCUUAAAACAGCAACAACCCUGCUCUUAUUCCGGUUCUGAUACUGUUCUUUCUCCAGCCUCCCAAAAGAGAGUCGAGUCUGACUUACAGCUUUAUAAAGACGAGACCAUAAUCUUACUGGCCUUACAUUGCUCAUUCGGUAAAGCUCUUAAUAUUAGGGUUGUGUGUUUGAGCCCCACAAUGGGCAAAAGAUUCCUGCAUUGCAGGGGGUUGGACUAGAUGACCCUCGUAGUCCCUUCCAACGCUGCAAUUCUAUGAUUCUGAAAGGACAUUGGUUAAAACCCCCCUCAGCCUUAAUCCUGUUCUCAGUUUCCCUUUCCCUCCCCCAAGAUGACCUCCACUAGCUGUAAACAACCAAAAUCCCUUUCCUUCAUCUUAUGUGGCAAUUCCAACAAAAUAUCUCUAUCCAAAGAGGGCCAAAAUUUGCAUGUAACUCAAUUAAGCAAUCACAGCCUUGUGUGCUUCGUCAAAACACAGAUAGAUAGAUAGAUAGAUAGAUAGACAGACAGACAGACAGACAGAUCUAUCUCAUGUGUGUCAUCUCACGAGAGCAUCCACAGCCCAGAAAGCAAGAUGGGGGGCUUACAAUUUUGGUGCCCUAUAUCCUGCUGUGCAAAGGGUUUCUAAGCCCCUCUGCCUUGCUUACGGACCUCCAGGAAAGUUUUCUCAAGGCGUCUCCCUGACUUGACUUGCUAAUCCCCAGAACGUAAGAGCCUCUGAAAGAAGUUCCAAGGACAGAACAGAAACAAUUUGGGGAAUUUCAGGGGGUGGUAGUAAAUUCCCACUUAUACAAUUAUUUUCUCUAAGGUGACUUGUUGUGAACAAUCAGAUACAUCUAUAUGUGUUUUUUUUACAGAUCCCCUCUUAUUCUUUUGUAUAACAUGCAUGAAAAAUCUCCCUAUCCAUUUUCUCAGCAUUUGCGCCAUGUUGCAAAGCCCUCUUCAGAGAUGUGCUCCCAAGCCUUCAUUAUGAAGUUCUUUUAUGUUGCAGCUCAUGUUCAGGUAUUCCUGUGUCAACAGUGAAGCUCUGAAGGGGGGUUUAAAUCCAGUCUGGGUUCUGCCAUGACUCCUGCUUUCUCGUCUUUCCCCUCAAAGAUGUCUGCCAUGGGUGUAGACAGAGGGCAGCAGGGAGGGCAGCAGGCCUCUUAAUUCAAAUAAAUAAAUAAAUAACACUUAACUAACUGACCAGCUGUGUCACUGAUUACUCAGUUCUGCCCUCACCACAAAAGUACCCCCCCCAAUAAUCCCUGGCUGUGUUUCAGUUUUUGGAAAACCAGACCUGUAGUGACUUGGGUGCUAGGCUUUAUGUAUAGGCUAAGUAGGCUGAAGCCUAGGGCCUCUAAAUCUAGGGGGCCUCGCCAGCCUGCCCGCUCCCCAGCGCCGCAGACAGUCUUCCCUCUCCCAAAAUUGCAAACCCAAGACUUCCUGUGAGGGCAUUUCUACCCCAUUUCAAUGACAUUUUGCUUCAAAAGGAAAGGCAGACUUGGACAUCGUCUUCCUCCAUAAUUCUCUACGGGAGAGGUCACGUACUCAACUUGAAUACCACCCUCCCCCAUAAUCCUUGGGAUAAACAGUCAAGUACACAGCAUUUGUAGGGGGACAAUGAACAUCCAUUGAUGGGUUGCCUGAGGCAGGUGUUCCCACAGCCCAUCCUCAGGAAGGCCAGAAGGCAAGGAUAUGCAUUGAUAGUUUUAUUGUUCUUUAGGUGGCGGGUACUUAAGAUGCAGGAGGGACGCGGGUGGCGCUGUGGGUAAAACCUCAGUGCCUAGGACUUGCUGAUCGUAAGGUCGGUGGUUCGAAUCCCCGCGGCGGGGUGAGCUCCCGUCAUUCGGUCCCAGCUCCUGCCCACCUAGCAGUUCAAAAGCACCCCUAAGUGCAAGUAGAUAAAUAGGGAUCACUUACUAGCGGGAAGGUAAACGGCGUUUCUGUGUGCGGCGCUGGUGCUGGCUCGCCAGAGUAGCUUCGUCACGCUGGCCACGUGACCCGGAAGUGUCUUUGGACAGCGCUGGCUCCCGGCCUCUUGAGCGAGAUGAGCGCACAACCCUAGAGUCGGACACGACUGGCCCAUACGGGCAGGGGUACCUUUACCUUUACCUUUACUUAAGAUGUACUUAAGGUGGCGGGUACUUAAAAAAGCAGAGACAUCACCUUAGGAGACACCAGGUUCUAGGUCUGGGCAGGCUUGAACCUUGACAUCGCCCCUGCCCUGGCAUAUGCAAGGAUGCUCAUCAUGGUGGCUUUCACGUAUUUUCAAGUGCAACUCCCAUAACCUCCAGCUGGCAUGGCCAGUGGUUAGGGAUAAUGGGAUUUGUAGUCCACAACAUCUAGAAUGCACCACUCUGGCUACAAUCACAUGAGCACAUAUUGUAGUUACCAGGUUUGUUAUCUGAAUGAUGGUGUGAUGCUAAAUCUCUCUUCCCUUUUUUCUCUCCAGACGCUGUGGAAUCUGGACUAAAGCUGCAAAAAAGUAAAUGUCAGGGUCUAAUGGAGGCACAGUUUUAG